UCUCAUCCGCCGGGCUGAGCGACUGAAGGAAGGCAGAGAGCUGAGCGGAGAGACGGAGAUGGCGAGCAUCAACAUGGGGCUGCUGCUGCCGCUGCUACCGGGGCUCGUCUGGCUCCUGCUGGCCUUCCACACCGCCGAUGUCCGGUGUCUUAACGGGGACGAGGACCAGAGCCAGGACACCGAGUGCAAGAUGAAGAGCGUCACCGUGUCCGCGCUGCCGUUUCUGAGGGAGAACGACCUGAGCAUCAUGCACAGUCCGUCGGCCUCCGAGCCCAAGCUGCUGUUCUCCGUGAGGAACGAUUUUCCCGGAGACGUCGUGGUCGUGGACGACCUGGAAAACACCGAGCUGCCGUUCUUCGUCCUGGAGAUUUCUGGGAACUCGGAGGACAUCCCUCUGGUGCGCUGGCGACAGCAGUGGUUGGAGAAUGGCACUUUGCUCUUUCACAUCCAUCACCAAGACGGAGGCCUGAGCAUCCCAGAGCCGACUGAGGACCCGGCCAACGACUCCACGAAGGAAGAACUCCGCAUCCUGCACAUCUCUGUGAUGGGUGGGAUGAUCGCCCUUCUGCUGUCCAUCCUCUGCCUGGUCCUGAUCCUCUACACUCGCAGGCGCUGGUGUAAACGCCGCCGCAUCCCCCAGCCCCAGAAGAGCGCCAGCGCCGAGGCGGCUAAUGAGAUCCACUACAUCCCGUCAGUGCUGAUGGGAGGUCAAGCCCGGGAGAGCUUAAGGAACUCUCGGGGUCAGGGGCCGAACUCCAGUGGCACCCUCAGCAUCCGGGAGACGCCGAUUUUGGAUGGGUAUGAGUAUGACAUUACCGACCUGCGUCACCAUCUGCAGCGGGAGUGCAUGAAUGGCGGCGAGGAAUUUGCCAGCCAAGUCACCCGUACCCUGGACUCCCUCCAGGGCUGUAAUGACAAGAAUAAUAUGGACCUCACACCUGUGAGCGACAACACCAAGUUGGCGCUAAUGAACAAGUACAAGGACAACAUCAUCGCCACGAGUCCCAUCGACAGCAACCACCAGCAGAACACCCUGCUUCCACACAACACCUCCACCAGCCAACGCAAGCGCCUCUCCAGCAACACCCGUGCGGGUUCAACAUUCUUGAACCCAGACGGGGACUCUGGGACGGAGGCAGACAGCGAGCCUCAGCUGGCGUUUUACACCGACCCUAACCGCAGUCGCCGCCGGAGUCGAGCAGGUUCCCCGCGGAGCCCCAUCAAUAAGACCACCCUGACUCUGAUCAGUGUCAUCAGCUGCGUGAUCGGCCUGGUUUACUCCUCUCACCUCUCCUGCAGCCUCUCCGUGCGGGUAAUCCUCCAUGUGCCGGAGCACCUCAUCGCUGACGGAUCAAGGUUCAUUUUGCUGCAGGGGAGCCAGCUGGACGCCUCAGACUGGCUCAACCCGGCUCAGAUCUUGUUGUACUACCAGCAGAACGCCAGCGGGCCCUGGGUCAGCGAGCUGUGUGGACGACGCCUCCUGGAUCCAUGCGAACACCAGUGUGACCCUGAGACAGGAGAGUGCCUUUGCCUCGACGGCUACAUGAGGGACCCGGUCCACAAGCACCUCUGCAUCCGCAGCGAGUGGGGGCCCAAUCAGGGUCCCUGGCCUUACACCAUCUUCCAGCGCGGGUUUGAUCUUGUGAUGGGAGAACAACCCUCUGAUCGCAUUUUCAGGUUCACAUACACUUUAGGCGAGGGAAUGUGGCUGCCGCUGAGUAAAAGCUUUGUCAUCCCACCCGCCGAGCUCGCUAUCAACCCUUCAGCCAAAUGCAAGACAGACAUGACCGUCAUGGAGGACGCUGUGGAUGUGAGAGAGGAGCUGAUGAUCAGCUCGUCCUUCGACUCUCUGGAGGUUCUGCUGGACUCCUUCGGACCGGUCAGAGACUGCACCAAAGACAACGGGGGCUGCAGCCGCAACUUCCGCUGCAUCUCUGAUCGGAAGCUCGACUCUACCGGAUGUGUGUGCCCUCCAGGGCUGAGUCCGAUGAAGGAUGGGACCGGGUGCUACGACCACCACAUCGGCAUCGACUGCUCCGACGGCUUCAACGGAGGAUGUGAGCAGCUGUGUCUCCAGCAGCUGGCCCCUCUGGAGGACGACCCGACACUUUACAACAUCCAGAUGUUCUGCGGGUGCAUCGAGGACUACAAGCGUGGUCCAGAUGGCAGGUCGUGCCUGCCGCUGUCUGAGGCCUGCACCGAGGGGAUAGACUGCGGCGAGGCGGCCGACAUCCCCGCCAACCAGACUGUGUUUGGAGACCUUUUCUACGGCUACAACAACCACACUAAAGAGAGCACCUCCGGACAGAUCCUCAAGGCCACGUUCAGGCAGAAGAACUUUGCCCGCGGCAUCGAGCAGCAGCUCCCAGAUGGCAUGGUGGUGGCAUCGGUGCCAACCGAGGUGCAGUGCCACGAGGAGCUGUCCGACCCCGUGCCUGACCCGGAAUACCUCACGGGUAUGGUGAACUACAGUGAGGUGUCCGGAUACCCUCGUCAGCACUGGAGUCUCCGCUCUGUGCUCUACCACGUCAAACUCUCAGGGGUUCUUUCUCAAGCUUUCAGCUCAGCCAUCCAUUCCCUGGACGGAGCGACUCAGCGGAGCGACUUCGUCUCCAUCCUCCGGGAGUUCGGGAACCACUAUGUGCAGGAGGCGAUGUACGGCUUUCAGGAGUCCUGCACCAUCUGGUACCCCAACAAACAGGUCCAGAGACAGCUGUGGCUGGAGUACCAGGACAUCAGCAAAGGUAAUUCGCCCUCAGAAGAGUCGGAGGAGCGCGACAAGGAGCCAAGGACGCUCACCUACCCCGCGUACAUCGCCAGCCUGCUGGACACAGGCGCGAAGCGCAUGGCGGCUGGCGUGCGGAUGGACUGCACCAGCCAGGGUCAGUGCCCUCGCUCCUGCCACCUCUGCCACAUGAGUCCCCGGGCGGCGCAGGGACGCCAGCAGUCCGAGCCCGUCCUGCUGCAGAUCACUAAAGCGUCGCCCAUCUAUGAGCUGGUGUCCAACAACGAGACCUACCAGGCCCUUCAGGAGGCCAUGAUGAGCAUGCUGUGGUGUUCGGGCAAAGGCGAUGUAAUCGAUGACUGGUGUCGGUGUGAUUCCAGCGCGUUUGGCACAGACGGACUGCCCACCUGUGCCCCACUUCCUCAACCGAUGCUGAAGUUGUCUUUCACCUACGAGCCCAGCAGCUCAUUGGUCAUCAUGGAGUGGAACCACACCGAGCCCCCAAUCGGCGUGCGGAUCGUUGAUUACCUAAUCAGCCAGGAGAAGGUGACGGAGAGGACCGACCACUCCAAAGUGGAAACAGAAACUCUUUUGAGCUUCGUUGAUGACAUCUUAUCUGGGGCCAGAUCUCCGUGUGUGAUGUUAGGGGACAUCCCCGACCUUCUGUCCUCCUCCAUCAGCAUGAUCAUUCGCUGCCUGGAGCCCGACACCACGUACAUGUUCCGGCUGUGGGCGGUAGACAACACGGGACGCCGAUCCUCUCCAAGUGAGGUCACCAUCAAAACGCCGUGUCCAACUGUGGAUGACGUCAAAGCACAAGAAAUCGCCGACAAGAUCUACAAUCUGUUCAACGGCUACACCAGCGGGAAGGAGCAGCAGACGGCCUACAACACCCUGAUGGACCUGGGCGCUCCCACGCUGCACCGCGUCCUUUACCACUACAACCAGCGCUACGAGAGCUUCGGAGAGUUCACCUGGAGAUGUGAAGAUGAACUGGGGCCCAGGAAAGCCGGCCUGAUCCUCUCCCAGUUAGACGAGCUCUCCCCGUGGUGCAAAGGUCUCCUUCAGGAGCCCAAGAUCGGCCUCCGCAGGAUGUCCCUCAAGUUCCUGUCCUGCCGGUACACCGACACCAAGGCCUUCGGCCUGAACUGGUCCGACAUGGGCCAGGAUGUGCACAAGGCGUGCGACGAGCAGACGCUCACCGUCAUGUACAACGACUACGGCGAGCCCAAGGAGCUCUAAGGGCGGAGCGUUCAGUUCAGACGUGAACACAGAUUAGUUAA